AUGCAGACACGGAGCACCGUCCUUGGGAAGAGAGGCCAUCAGGACUCGACACCUGUGCCUUCAGUUAAGGCAUGUGAACAGCUUCAGACCCCCGACCGUACCCCAAAUCCAAAGCGUGCUCGCACUAAUGGAAACGUCCUGGAUGACGACGGGAACAAAGAGAACAUACCGCCACUCAAGGUUUCGCCCGGGAGCGUUGAUAGCUCCCCCAGGGCGGCCAGAGCCCUAAGGAGGAACGCGACAGAAACUGCGGUCACACCCACUCGUAAUCGCCCAGCCAUUCGACGAAAUGCAUCGCUGUCAUCAAUGCCACCGACGACGCCAUCAGUCGAAAUUUUAAAUCUGGCAAUUUCAACUCCACCACCAACUCCGCCAACCAAUCUCCUUCCUGUCCAUGCUCGCGCUCGCGCGUUACUCCGCGCGACAUACAAUAAUGCUCAACAUGAAAUUGCCGGUCGUGUCACAGAGCGCAAGGCGAUUGUCGAUUUCCUCGCGCCAUUUAUCGAAAACCGACCAACAGACGAUGCUGAGAAUGCAUCGAGCAUGUUCAUCUCAGGCUCUCCUGGUUCUGGCAAAACUGCAUUGGUUAAUGCCAUUAUCCGCCAGCUUUCUAGCGAAAACAACGCGGCUGUCAAUGUCGUCUUCAUUAAUUGCGUGGCACUAAAGGGCGUUGAUGCUCUAUGGGAACGCAUGAUUGAAGAUCUCAACGCAGGCAUCAAACGAAAACCUGCCGCAAAGAAGGCGAAAGGCCGAGAGGGUGUCAUGUCCAUCUUGAAUACCUUGAGUUCCAAAUGCAUUCUCAUCCUCGAUGAGCUCGAUCAUAUUACUCCGAAUGCACAUUGCUUAGCGUCGAUCUUCACUCUCACCGACGCUCUUUCAUCUCAACUCCGUCUCAUUGCCAUUGCAAACACUCAUACUCUGACUUCAUCGUCUACCAAUGGGCUUGUUUUCGGAUCCAACGUUCGAACCAUCCAUUUCGCCCCCUACACUCCAAACCAGCUACAAGAGAUUCUCCAAUCACGGUUGGCUCCUCUUUCCGAUGAAGAUUCUUCGCCGGAGUCGCUGGCGGCAGCCAAGAAACUCCUCCCAGCACCGACCCUGAUGUUGCUGACGAAGAAGAUCGCCUCUCUUACAGGUGAUGUUAGAAGCCUCUUCGAAGUUUUACGCGGCGCCAUCGACCUCGGAGUUGCAGCCUCUAAAAAAUCUCUUUCGGAAGAGAAUAUUUUAUCCACGCCCUCCAUUGCUGUUACCCCACAACAUGUAUUGGCUGCCCUGAAAGCCUACACACCCGCGUCCAGAACAACUCAAGCCUCCGGCGCAUCUUCCGCGACAUCUAUGACGUCAUCGAACAGUGAGACUGUCACCAAAAUCCGUAACCUUGGUCUUCAAGCUCGUUUGGUUCUUCUGGCCAUUUUACUUGCCUCCAAGCGCCUGGAAGCCGGCCUUCCUCUUUUGCCAUCGGCAUCCCCCCCCAGAAAGUCCUCCGCCUCUCCUAUGAAGAGAACCACUUCCCUUCCCAACCCAUCUCCAGUCAGCCCUGGCGUGGAGACUAGCGCCCUUCAUGCUUACUACACUACUGUUCUGUCUCGCACCGAAAGCGGCAUUUUCGACGCUGUCUCCCGAAGCGAAUUUGGCGACUUGCUUGGCAUUUUGGAAGGUGUCGGUAUUGCUACACUGUCAUCUUCGCUUGGUACCUCUUCCGUCACUUCUAGUCCAACGAAAGGCAGGAAAGGGUUCAGUCGCUCGGCCUCUUUCGGUGCUGGUCUGAGCAGGAACGGCGCCGGUACUGUUGGCGAAGUGCGCCUUGCUGAAGGUUUGUGGAGUGAUGAAGUGCUCCGUGGAUUGGGUGUGACUGGAGCCAUUGACGCCGACGCUCGCGAAGAGGAGGUUCGCGGUAUUUGGGAACGCGAAAAAGCCCGUCUUGCGAGGGAUGUCAAAGCCAUGGCGUCGGCCUCCACCAAUGCCCAUCUCAACACCUUUGCUGGUGCUUUCGAGGAUUGUUAA